UCACCACUCACCACCUUACUAAAAGAUUAGAGAGAGAGAGAGUUCCCUGCAAAGCAAAGUUCCCCUCUCCCAUCCCCACCACCACAACCACUGACAACACUUAGAUUGUGUACGGACACCUCUCCUUCACCCUCUCUUCCCCAAUCCCACCUCGACAGCACUUCUCUUUUAAUCCCAUCUCCUGUCUUCUCCACUGUACCCAUUUAUUAAUUUCCCCAAAAUAAAUAUAUAACUCAAUCUCUCCUUUCCUAUUCCUUGCUUUUCCAGGAUAAUUAAUACCACUCCUUUGCUUCAUACAAUAACAACAACAAUAAAACCUCAGCAACACAAAAGUAGAAAACUUUCUUCUAACAACUUACCAUAAUUCCUUUUUUAUCUUCUAUGCUUCCUCUUCUUGUCUUCUUUUUUUGCAAUGAACCUCCAAAUUUGGUUAUGUAGGGUUCCCUGAAUUUUCUUUUCUUUUCUUUGCUGCUUAUUGUUUUCUUGGCACCUGAAAAUUCAACAUAAGUCUGAGAAAUGGGGAGAGGUAGGGUUCAGCUCAAGCGGAUCGAGAACAAGAUUAGCAGGCAAGUCACUUUUUCCAAGAGAAGGACUGGUCUGCUCAAGAAAGCUCAUGAGAUCUCAGUUCUUUGUGAUGCUGAGGUUGCUUUGAUUGUUUUCUCAACUAAAGGGAAGCUCUUUGAGUACUCCACUGAUUCAAGCAUGGAAAGCAUUUUGGAAAAAUAUGAAAGAUAUUCAUCUGCAGAACAAGUCAACAACCAAUCCGAACAACAGGGAAAUUGGUCUUUGGAAUGCUCCAAGCUCAUGGCAAGAAUUGAAGUUCUGCAAAGAAGCCUAAGGAACUUUGCAGGAGAAGAUUUAGAUGGCAUGAGUCUAAGAGAACUCCAACACUUGGAGCAACAGAUUGAUACUGGUCUUAAGCGAGUUCGAACAAGAAAGAAUCAACUCUACAAUGAAUCCAUUUCUGAGCUUCAGAAGAAGGAAAAAGCACUGCAUGAGCAAAACAACAUGUUAAGCAAGCAGCUCGAGCAAAAUGAGAAGACAAUGGCAGAGGGUUCAAACUGGGAGCAGCAAAAUCUUGGACAGAACCCAACCUCUUUCAUGCCACUUCCACCUCCAGCUAUUGGUGGCACUCUCCAGACAAGAGAGUUCAUGAAAGAAAAUGAGGAGGGCAUGGCUCAGAUUGAGGAGCCCAAUACAAUGCAGAUGCCAUCUUGGAUGCUUCGUCAUGUCAAUGAAUAGAAAACUGAAAUAGAGAUAUCUAAGUAUAGUUUACAAGUAUUAUAUGAUAUUGAAGUGGAGUAUCACUUCAUUUCCGAUGCCAUUGAUGUAGUAAAAGAAAACUGUGCUGUAAAAUUGCUUCUGCAUAAGAAUGGAUUUAAUAUUUUAACU